AGCGCCUCUCUUGAUGGAACGGCAAGCCUGCGCCGUCUUCGUGUAGUUUACCUCUCACCCGUAAAGCCCGUACCUUUUACUUUGCCUCAUAACUCAAAUCAAUCAAAUUGAAAUAGAAAAUAGCGUCAAAAAAACAUCAUUCGUAUUAUUUUUCUGUCUAUCGAAAAGAGGAGUAAAUCAGCGCGCACUUUUACAGUAAAACAGCAGCAUUUCAACAAUUAUCGUUGUUGACUAGGGGUAUCGAGUGCGGCUGGUCGUGCUAUUCCAAAACAGCCACAAAGCGGAGAAACGCAGAAGUACGCUCAUUGCCAUCAGCGCCUCGCCCCUACGUUCUCAUCAGCAGGACCAUCAACAUUCAAAAGAAUAUUAUCAGCACAAUCACGCCUGUUCCUCUCCGAUUUCUUUUUCUAGAAAGUGUUACCAGUCAUUGCUGUAAACAGGCAAAACCACGAAGGGAGUGAGCGAUUUUCGUCAUCGUUAUUGUUAUGUGGUCGUCGUCAACCGUGAAAACUUACGACGACGUAGAAACAGCUGAUCUGAUCUGAUCCAAUCGCCCCAGAGAAUGCCCAGAGUCGUUGAUCGGAAAAAACAAUAAACCUCUUUCUGCUGCUGCUGCUGCUACUACUGUCUGCUGGUAACCUUGGCUUUACGUUAGACGAUACACGAAACGGGGGCCAAGACAACAGGCAAACUCAACAGCGCUCACAGUUCCGAGAAAAGCCGUGAUGAAUGGAAGGACGCUUCAGAAAAAGACACAGUAGCAACCGGCAGCGGCGGUCUACUUCUACGACGAAUAAAAAUUCGGAAAGUGUAACACAUAUCGCUGGCUGGUUCGCAGCGGUCCGCCAGUUCAGCUAUGGCAGAAACCAGCUGAGUUAAGCAGCCGACCACCGCCGCUGCCAUCGCUAUCCCCAGGUGAGCAAUAGAAACACGAUAGCGACACUGCGUAACCACUUCCACGACGGUAAAGACGACGGGCGUCAGUGAUACAGUUGCUGCUGGCUGCUACAGGGCAUUUUUGUUUCGAAACAUCUAAUUGUGACUGUGACAUUUAAUGCUGCUGCUGCUGCUGCUGCCGUCGCCGCCAGUGCUGAGCAGACAUUGGAAAAUUAAUCAGCAAUCCAAUCUCGAACUGGUGGUGGUACAUAGUAGUCAUCGUCCCUGUCAUACUAUGGCAUAACAAGCUAAAGGUGAUUAUAGGCUGAGGUCAUUAGUUGACGUCGCGUGGCUCCGCAGCCGCCGUCGUUUUUGCCGCUGUUGCGGGGAUUACCAGAAUUGCUGGUGUUCACCGUGCCCGUUGCUAUUUGUCGUGCUAGUGAUGACAACAGUGUAAAGUCCUGCAACAAACUAGGCACGACGACAUCGAGCGAGUGGAUGACAGCAGAAUCGAAUUUAGCUCAACUAGAAGUUCUGUGUCGAUCGGCGGUUUGCGUUAGUGCUCAUAUCUGUUUGCGUCUUCUCCUUCGUGUCGUCGUUGUCGCUUCUGCGUCGGAAAAGAGGGAAACGCGGUGAGGGGUAGCACAGAAGUGCCUAGGAAGCUCCGGCAGCGCAACUCAGUGUCUGUCGUGUUUGACUGGUCGUCACAUCGUUGUCAUCUACGUUGUUUGUCUGUGUUGUCAUCUCGCACAGCGCCUUUAUCGCCCUGCCUGUCAUCAUCAUCAGUGUCUCAGCUGCAGUAUGCACCGCCUGCUUGGGGCAUGACGGGCCGUGCGUGCACCACGAUUCUCCCGCUCUUUUGCUUGCUCUCUCCCGCAGGUGCUGGAUAUCGCUGGAUGCUUCGUUUAGCGGCCAGCGCCCAAAGUGGAAUUUCAGCCACGAUUAAAAGAGAGCAGCGUCACCAAACGCUGACUGUGCAGUCUUCAGGUGAGUUCGGUGCUGUAUUUGUCAGCCCCUAUUCAGUUUCCGAAAUUGUUUAGUUUUCAUCGUGCUGAUUUUUACCUGUUGGUACUAGCACUAGUCUUGAGAUUGUUUGCGUGUCAACAAGCCCAAAAGUUUGAAAAAAAAAAGUGUCAGCUUCGGCACUGAAUCGUCGGUGUUUUAGCCUCACUGCUAAUCUGUACGAUAACUUUUCAUUUUGUGCGCUGCCUUAUUGGAUGGAACGGAUUACAAUCGGACUGGCGGAAUUUCAGUUAAGUAAAUGCUGUGUUACACGGUGCGCAGUGAUUUAUUGAUUGCAAUUUAGUGUUUGUGUGCGUGUGUGUGUGUGUUGUGAGCUGAAACUGUGGGCAACUUUUCUUGUUGAAACUAGCACUUGUUGUCUAUCGAGACAUUAUGUAUAGACUUCACUAAUAGUAUUCUAUCAUUAUUGCCGUCUCGCUCUUCGCGCACUAUAUAUCGGCAUCGUCUAUCCGCAAUCCAGAAGGAAGCACCGUGUCCUUUUCUAUUGGCGGUGGCUCGUUAUAGAGUAGCUGUAGUGGAGACGGUCGAUCUGCUGGAGCACUUUUUGCUUUUAGCUUGGUACAGGGCGAGUUGCGUUGUGCACGGUCAGUGGUCGAACUCAAGUUGCAACUUUUCAGUGCUCACUGGUUGUAGCUAUUGCUUCUAGCGUCAACUGCUCUAGCAUGUUACCCGUCGGCAGACAAAAUACAAAACUUUAACCACUGUUGACGUCAUCACUGGCAGCAGCAGCAGCAGCAGCAGCAGCAGCAGACUCUGUUUGCUGCUGCAAAGAGCAAUAUCCAGUGUAAAUCGGUCGAUCUGUCCGUCUGUCCAUCCAUCAGUCAGUUAGUGAGGUCGGCCGGCGGGCGGGCGGUCGGUCGGUCGGUCACCAACAACGACAGUCUCAACAACGCCGCGGUCGUCGAGAAAAAGGAAAACACUACUAAAACGAAACAGGAAUCAAACGCUACCUAGCUAACUAAGAUGGCUUUCAUGGAGGGAGGAGGCUGUUUCAAAAACCACAGUAUCUUCGUUAACUUCAAUCAGGACUUCACGUGUGCCACUUUAAGAAAGGAACAGAGAUUACAAGUUUUUCCUACGCCAACACCAUCCUUGCUGUCAAACUUAAUCGAUCGCGAGUGGUAGUUUGCUUGGAAGAGUCACUUUACAUCCAUAAUAUUCGUGACAUGAAAGUGCUGCAUACAAUUAGAGACACACCAGCUAAUCCAAAGGGGGUUUGCGCACUCUCCAGCAACACCGAGAAAGGUGUGACGUACUUAGCUUAUCCGGGUAGCACGUCUAUGGGGGAGAUCCAAAUCUUUGACACAGAAAACAUCUGCGCCAAGAUUAUGAUCCCCGCCCACAACUCACCUUUGGCGGCCCUCGCUUUCAACGCAAAUGGCAGUCUUCUCGCCUCAGCAUCAGAGAAGGGUACGGUAAUCCGAGUGUUUUCCGUAAACGAUGGCAGCCGAAUCUACGAACUCCGUCGAGGUCUCAAGCGAUGUGCUACAAUUUAUUCGCUUGCCUUCAAUGUCGAAUCUACACUACUGGCGUGCGCCAGUAACUUUGAGACCGUGCACAUAUUUAAACUGGAUGAGAACAGCGCAAGUGGUGGUUCAAGUGGUGCGGCGGGCACACCUCAGGCUACUGUUGGAAGCCUAUCCGAUGCCGAUGUUGGCGGUGGCUGGAUGAACUUCGUGGGCAAAGCAAUCCUAUCAGGCAGCUCAAGUCUACUUCCAGCUGCUAUGUCGGAUGUGUUUGCUCAAGGCCGAUCGUUCGCUACGGCACGGCUGUCGUUGACCGGUAUACCCUGUGUAGUAGCUUUAACAACAGUCGAGCGCCAGUGUCGCUUACUGAUCGCCUCUACUGCUGGCUACUUGUAUGUGUACAACGUCAACACGGAACAUGGCGGCGAGUGCACCUUCUUACGUCAGCAUAACCUUAUCGACGACUCGCAGGCCACGGGCGUGGUAACAACCUGCGGCGGUGCAACCUCACCAGGCAGUGCCGCACCAACGUCAACAACCGCGGCCAGUGGAACCGCUCCGGCCAUUGCCGGUGGAGGUACGUCUCGUGGCCCUUCCGAGCCUAGCUUCAAGCGAGACUCAGAUCAGCUAGAGCAACAGCAGCACGAGCAGCCACAAUGUAGUUCUGAUCCGUCCGUCGCUUCAGAACGGAUAGUCGCAGAUAAUGGGGUAGCAAUAGCAAUGAGCUACGCGAAAGCCGUUGCUGGUUAUCCGCCUACCUUAAAAAGUGUCAAAGAUAGCGUAAUUGAUGGUGAUGUUGAUCAGGCCUACGACGCUCAAUUACCGCUCAUGCAACAGUGUCAUCACUAACGAUUCCGGCAAACAUAAACAAACAAACAGAACGAAGCGAAGCAAAGCACAAAGCCUUAUUACCACAGUGAGACUAUCGAAUGAGAGAUUUCUAUGUGAUGAAAAGUUUUAAACAUACUGCUAUAAACUCUUAAUUAUCUGCGGCGCCGUCCUUUUGCCCGUCCUUUUGCCCGUUCUUUUACAUGGCUCGAAAGCGUGUAGUAGAAAUAUGUCGCCGCUUUAUUGGUCAAAGCCUUUCGACGAUCGUGCAAAGCAGUUUUUUUCUUCUUACAACGAAGCUUAAUAAUCAAAACAUACUAAUGUAAAGUCUAACCCAUGGAAAUCUGUGCUUUUAUGCAAGUGAGGUAAUUUGCCUGUCCAAGCAGUGCCAUCUGUUAAGCUCCGGGUCGAAACGUUAACAAUCAGCCCAUAGAUACGUUUUGAAGAUAUGAGUUUGGCUUCAGCGUGGAAUCAAAUCGCGCAUCAUCUACCAAAACAUUUUUGUGCCACCUUGGUCUGUUGCGUUGCUGUUAUGUAUUGCACACACCUAUUCUACUAUUUUGUUAGUACCGUUAUUAAUAUUCGUAGAUAUUUCAUUUGAGCUUAUUUCUCUCGUAUUUCGAUAGAUGUGCUUCAACUGAUGACGAUCCCGGAGUAAUAUUACGGUAUAAAACUCUCUACGUAUUAUCUCAUUGGCGCUUUGUGAACGUAAAUGCUGGAGUUCUAUUCGUUUAUUCGAGUGCGGUAAACUUAAGUCGAGAGUCUUAUUAAUUAAUGUUAUUUAACGUUGGAUUUCACAAACGUUGAUUCGCUAUAUAGGCCAAGGAUGAUUCACGGCCUUUUCGGUCUUUAUGUUGACUGCAGCAGGUGAAAAAAUAUCGUACUAUAUUUAUCUGCAAUACAUUUGUCAUUUCAAGUUAAAAAUAACAAUAUUAACAUAACUUAAAAAUGCCGUCUUAAUGCUGCCUGAACAAAUUGACUUUCGUAACAACUAGUCAUUGCAUAUAUUCAUUUAUACAGCCAAGCGUGGUCCGCAGGAUAGCUGGAAGCAUAAUGGCUAUUUGAUAGUAACUAACCAUGUGAAAUAUACGAAAUUUCACCAAAAGUUAAUAACAAACUGUUUUGUUUUCCCUAUGUCACCAGACUAUUCAUUAUUCCGUAUACGUUUGUAUGACAGGCUUUGUGUACGUAUUUGCCAUACAAAACGGGAAUGUGUUUCCACAACUAAGUUUUGCCUUAAAGUUCACGUAGGUCAGUUUGCGCUCAUCUUGAUUGUUGUUUGCUUGUUGUUUGUUUAUUGAAAUCUCUCUUCACGUCUUAGAGGAACUGCAAUUCAAAACGCUUAAGUUUCUAUCUUACUUGGCACACAUGACUCUAAAGGAAGCGCGUUCGUAUUUAGAAAGCUUUUUUUUUUCUUUUUAUUAGCACCUAAUUAAAUGUCUAGCGUUGACAUAAUAGAAAUACAUUUAUGAUGAAGAAAUACACGCAGCGGUGAUCCACUAUACGAUUGUAUAAAGUAUUUACGAAAUCACGCAGCCCUGCAGCAGUUCGUCGAGCCAUAAGUGAUGCAUUUUCAAAAG